AGCAGAGAUCUAUUGCGGGGGGACCGAUUCGCUCCAUGGGGCAUCAGCCUUAGUCAGGGCUGUAUUUAGGUCCUCAGCAGAGCUCACUUUACUUCGUCCCUACACUGCUUUACAGCUGUCUGUACCGUCCACCCAUAGUAAUUCACUGAAUGAAGCAACUCCAAAAGAGGAUAUGUAUAUAGUGUGAGGGUAUCAGUGUGUGUAGCCGAAGCAAUAAUCCUUAUCGUCUUUCCUCACACAGCUGGAAGGGAGGAUCUGGAAUGCCACGCCCACUAACAUCCCGUGUAAGGAGUGCGGGCAGGAGCCUGGUGGGGAGAGUGCCUCCAGGUCACUAGCAGUGGGGUUGAGUGACGUGCAAGAAAGAAAACACGCGUGGAACAAGGCGCUUAUACAUGGGGGAGGAAUCGGUGAGCGCCUGUGAGGGAGCGAUUAGCAGCUGGGAAAACGGCAGAGCAUCGCCACUUUCAUUUUUGAAAACCCAACGAGGAAUUCUUGUUGAUGAGCUUGAAGAAUAUAUUGACUUCAUUGUUCAACAAGCACUUCAGAAACAGCUGAUCUCAAAAGAUGACUACGAGGACGUUGUGUAUGAAGGUGGCCCCAGAAAGCAAGUAAGAAAAUUACUUGAUAUCAUUGACUGUCUUGGAAAAGAAAGUGCAGCCUGCUUCUGCUCUCUUUUCAUUGAAGUCAAGUGCUCAAAACUGAAAAAAGAAACACCCAAAAGGAAUGCAAAAGAGUAUUUGAAGGGUAUCCAGAAGCACAAAGAUGUUCUUCUGCGCCGGAAUGACUGUUUAAAGUAUUAUAACUGUAGACAUGGGGAGAAAUUCUACUUCUCCGAUCAUUUUGUGAACCUUCUUCUUGUCAAAGGACAUUACAGUCUUGAAAUCAAGCAAAACGAACUGCUAACAUUUGGUCAACAAAGGAUAUGUCUUCAAAGCCAAAAAGAAGAGAGGCUUGACAUUACACUGGAACAGCUCUUCCAAAAGCUAUGUGACAGAAGGAGUCCAAAGAAAAUACUAGUGAGCGGAGUUGCAGGGAUUGGAAAAACUGUCUUUGUACAGAAAAUCCUUUAUGAUUUUGCAAAUACAGCAGCUUAUGAAAACUUUGAUUUUGCCCUGAAUUUCACUUUCAGAGACCUUAAUUUUAUAAACAAACCGGUUACUUUGAGAGAACUCAUACUUAAAAAACAUGGGCAUUUGUCACAUAUUCUAGAUUAUAUUUUUAACAACAGUGAAAAACUUUUGGUGAUUUUGGAUGGUUUUGAUGAAUUUAAAUGUUAUAGCCAGCUAGAUUUAGAGCAAUACAUAUAUGAUCCAGAUGAAGAGGCUGGGCUACCUCACUUGGUUGGUAGUUUGAUAAAAGGAGAACUCCUACCAGAAGCAACCAUUGUGGUUACCAGCAGACCAACUGUUGUUAACCACAUCCCAGUUGAUAGCAUUGAACGGUUUGUUGUUAUCACUGGGUUCUCGGAGACAGAGAUAGAGGACUAUUUCCAAAGAUUUUAUGGGGAUAGUAUUUAUGGAAGCGAAAUUUUUGAUUUGGUUAGACAAAACUAUUUCCUGUUUACUUUGUGUUACAUCCCAGCCUUCUGUUGGAUUGUCUGUAGCGUAUUAAAAGGAAGCAGCACUCUUCAAAUUGACCAGCCAAAAACUAUGACUGAUAUAUAUUGUCAUUACCUUGUUGUUUUAUUGAAACACCACACACGUCAAGAGUCUUGUGUGGAUAAAACAUUAUUGGAUGCUGUUCUCAGCCUUGGCCGCCUUGCUUAUCAAUCACUUUUACAGCAUCAAACACUUUUUUAUGAACAUGACUUGGAAACAUUUCCUAAUCUACCCAAUGAUAUUAUUAACAGUUUCCUUGAUAAGACAUGUGUCCAGGAGUUAGUGUCUACAGAGAAUAUUCUUUCAUUUACACAUUUUACAAUUCAAGAAUUUUUUGCAGCAUUUUAUUAUGCUAAUGAAAUGCAACUUUCAGAGGAUAUUAUGGACAAUGGAGUACAGACAAGACUGGACAUAAGUACUGGGUACUUGGAUUUAUUUAACAGGUUUCUUUCAGGUUUGCUUUCAGUGAGAAAUCAAAAUGUUCUUUCAAGACAUUUAAAACUGGAUGCAAGUAGGAAAUCCGAAGCUUACAGGUCAUGGUUAGCUGAAUCAAUUAUAGAGCACUGUGAAAAUGGAUGUUACAUAUUUAAUCUAUUACAUUGUUUGUUUGAGCAGCAGAUGGAUUGUUUGGCUGCAAGAAUAACGCCAGCCAUGUUACGUCUGAAUUUGAGUGAUAAUAUAUUCUCACCUAUAGAUUUUGAUGUGCUGACAUAUUUUUUAAGUCUUGUUAAUAUGGAUAUUGAAGAACUGGACCUGACGGCGACGCAAGUGAAUGCGCAAUAUCUAAAGCAACUGCAGCCAUAUCUAAAUCGGUGCACCAGAUUAUGGAUGGGUGAAAAUAACUUGGAUACAGAAAUGAUAACAGUUAUUUGCAGCCUACUUGAGUCUCCAGACUGCCAGAUUAAACAACUGGGACUUGGCUGGGCGCAAUUAGAAGAUGAAGAAUUUUUGCAACUCUAUAAAGCUCUCAAAAACAACAAGACUUUGAUCCAAUUAUGGGUUGAAGGAAACAACAUCAGUUCCGAAGCCAUUGAGCAAUUCUCUGACAUACCUUUAUUCACUACAAGUUUGCAACAUGUUAUAUUACUUGGCAAUAGGAUACCAGCACAAAGACUCACAGAAUUUAAAGAAAAACCAUACAGGAAUGUCAUUGUAGCUCACAUUGAUGAAAGCUUUGGAAUAGAUUUUUGGCAAGGGUGGUGGGACUGGAUCUUUCAGAGAUGCAAAAUAUGCAGCGAUGAGAAAAUUGUCUCCUUUUUAACUAAAGUAUUUAGUGGACUUAGUGUUUUCAAUGAGAAAAACACCAGUUGGAUGAAUACUUGGUAUACUGAAGUGGACAAGUUAUUGCAGCUGAGAAUUAGAUACUGCUCUAUAACCAAUAUCAAGAAACGCAUGGAGAGUCUUCAACAGAUGUUUAUGCAGCAAGCAAGUAGCCAUUAAUUAUGGUUUGGGACUGGUGGUGGUGGCAGUCACAGGGCUUCUGUGUAUUCUUCUUCUUCUUCUUCUACAUGUCUUAUUAAUGCAAGUAGCACAUUAAUAACAUUAAACAGUGACCAAGUCAUAAAGAAGCUGUGUAGUCAGGCUAAAGCCAGGAUAGGUAUGUCAUAAAAAAGUAGACCGCAGAAAGGUUUGGCCAGCAUGCAAUAGUUUAUAUUCCAUCAUAUUUGUUUGGCCAGUGAAUAGUCUGUUGUAACUGACUACCUUAUGCCAAUUAUAUAUAAAUAUAUUUACAACUUUUAGCAGUGUAUGUACUAAUUGUUUUCAUUGUACAUAGCCAAUGUUUAUUUAUUGAUACCCAGAACUGGUUAUUUUGUAGUUUUGUAUACUCUACAUAGUAAGUAGAUAGUAUUCUAUUCUCAAUAAACUUAAAAUGUGUGAUAUACUGAAAGAUGUUAUUUAUUGUAAGAAUCAAGAAGGCAGUUCCUAGGCAACAUUUUUUUCUAGACCAAGUUAAUCCUAAAGGCAAUUUAGUAUUCAGCGUAGAUUUUCCAAUUACACUGCAAGAAUGAAACGCUUAAUUUUGUAGGGGGUUCAUAAUUCAAUUUUAUCCUUAGUAAAAGUUACAUUAAUAUUUGAAAAA